UCUGCGGUGGUGGAUACUGAGGAACCCAGUUUUGCACAGCAGAGGCUCAGUGAACAAGAAACACCAAGAGAGUGAAGGGGAGCAUUCUGAAAAGGAGACACUAAAGCAGGAACUGUGCCAACGAAGUAAAACCACCUCUCUCCCUUUCUGUCUCCCUCGCUCUUCUUUCCCUUCAGUCGGGUUCAAGGAGAUCUCGCUUGGAGCUGGAGAGGACAGGUUCGAGCCGUCUCCCUCCUCCAGCAGCCGCCGGGCUUCUCUGCAGCCUCCCACCGCAUCAUCAUAAUGGAUUUGGGGAGUAAAAGAGUCGCUGGGAUUAUCGCUCAGGUCGCCCUGCUUCUCUCCAGCUCGUACGGGACAACCGGAGAAGAGGUGUGCGACGGCCCGCUGGUGUCCAAUCUGCCUCCAUCGUCGUUCAGGAGCUCCUCCCAGCUGUCCAGCAGCCAUGCACCGGGCUUUGCCAAACUCAACAGGAGAGAUGGAGCUGGAGGUUGGUCCCCUCUCACCUCAGACCAGUAUCAGUGGCUGGAGGUCGACCUGGGCGAGCGGACCAAGCUCACAGCUGUCGCCACGCAGGGCCGCUACGGCAGCUCUGAUUGGCUGACAUCCUACCUCCUGAUGUUCAGCGACACGGGACACAACUGGCAACAGUACAGACAGGAGGACAGUAUAGGGGCUUUUCCAGGUAACAGUAAUGCAGACAGUGUGGUUCAGUACAAGCUGCAGCAGCCUGUGAUUGCUCGCUUCCUCCGCCUCUUUCCUCUGGACUGGAACCCCAUUGGGAGGAUCGGACUCCGGCUGGAGGCCUACGGAUGUCCACACACCUCUGAUGUGGUGAGUUUGGAUGGCAGCAGCAGUCUGGUGUACAGGUUGAGUCCUGGGUUGAGGCGGACAUCCAAAGAGGUUGUCUCUCUGAAUCUUAAAACCCUGAGGAAUUCUGGGACACUGCUGCAUGCAGAGGGAUGGGGUGGACUCAGCCUCAGUCUGGAGUUAGAGAGAGGAAAGCUCCUGCUGCUUCUUAGACAAGGUGGGACUUCGUCCUCUGAACCCCGACGUCUCGCUUCUCUCGGCAGCCUGUUAGAUGAUCAGCACUGGCACCGUGUAGUACUGGAGAGGCAAAGUGCUCACCUCAACCUCACUGUGGAUAAACACACUGAGACAGUUCAAAUCCCCGCAGAGUUCAGCCACUGGGACAUCGAACAGCUGUAUGUAGGAGCAGUCCAGAGCCUUGACUCAGAGAAUCCAGUCAUCUCCACAAGGGACUUCCAUGGCUGCCUGGAAAACCUGCUGUACAAUGACCUCAACCUGAUAGAACAAGCGAAACGCAAUGACCACCAAGUUACUGUAAUGGGCAAUGUGACCUUUUCUUGCGCUGAGCCAGUUACCAUCGCUGUGACAUUCCCCGGCCCCCAGAGCUUCCUCCAGGUACCGGGGCCGACGGUGUCCACAUUGGGGGGCUUGUCCGUGGGGUUCCAGUUCAGGACGUGGAAUAAGGUGGGGCUUCUGCUCACCUUUGACCUCCUCCAGCAAGGGGGCGUGGCCUGGCUGUACCUGAGUGAGGCCAGAGUCCAGCUACAGAUUCAUAAAGAUGGAACGACGCUGCUGGAGCUCAGUGCAGGUUCUGCUCUAAAUGACGGUCAGUGGCAUUCAGUGGAUCUUAACUCCAGAUAUGGACGCUUCACCAUCACUGUAGAUAAAAAAGAAGGAGGUGUCAGCAGCCCCUCAUUUCCUGUCACUGUAGGACGUCAACUCUUCUUUGGUGGUUGUCCCACUGAAGACAACAGUGAGAAUUGCAGCAACCCCUUUGACAUUUUCCAGGGCUGCAUGCGUCUCCUCACUGUGGACAACCAGCCAGUAGACCUGAUCAUGGUGCAGCAAAGGCUGCUGGGAAACUACAGCCACCUGCAGAUCGACAUGUGUGGCAUCACUGACAGGUGUUCUCCCAGUCACUGUGAACAUGGCGGCCGCUGCAGUCAGUCCUGGACCGUCUUCCACUGUAACUGCUCUGACAGCGCUGUGUACGAACAAUCCUGCGAGGCGUACAAACACAAUGGCAACACGUCGGGACAUUAUUAUAUCGACGUGGACGGCAGUGGCCCAAUCAAACCGCAGCUGGUCUACUGCAACAUGACAGAAGAGAACACGUGGAUGGUGAUCCAGCACAACAACAGCGAGCUGACCAGAGUCCGACCAUCUCCGGGUGUAAACCAGCAUUUACUUUACUUUGACUACUCCUCUGAAGAGGAACACCUGCUGGCUGUUAUCAGCCAAUCAGAGCACUGUGAACAGGAACUGUCCUACCACUGCAGGAAGUCCCGCCUCCUCAACACCCCAGAGGGGUCUCCAUUCAGCUGGUGGCUUGGUGGUCCUGGUCCUGGACAUCUCCAGACAUACUGGGGUGGAGCCCAGCCAGACAGCCAGCAGUGUGCCUGUGGCCUGCAGGGCGACUGUGUAGAUCCACAACACUACUGCAACUGUGACGCCGACCGCACAGAGUGGACUGAAGACUCAGGGCUGCUGACCCAUAUGGGGAGCCUCCCAGUCAGGUCGCUUGUGCUGGGCGACAUCCAGAGGCCAGGGUCAGAGGCUACCUAUAGGGUGGGACCACUCCGUUGUCAUGGAGACAAAAACCUCUGGAACGCUGCGUUUUUUGACAAGGAGACAUCAUACCUCCAUUUUCCCACUUUCCACGGAGAACUGAGUGCAGACAUCACCUUCCUGUUUAAAACCACCUCCUCCUCUGGUGUUUUCCUGGAAAACCUCGGCAUCAAAGACUUCAUCCGGAUCGAACUGAGCUCCUCCACUCAGGUGGUUUUCUCCUUCGAUGUGGGUAACGGGCCACUGGAGGUUCAUGUGGAGUCGAGCGUCCCGCUGAAUGACAACCGGUGGCAUCGAGUGCGAGCCGAGAGGAACGUCAAGGAGGCUUUGCUUCAACUGGAUGAACUUCCUGCUGCCACACAGGAGGCUCCUGCAGAUGGACACUUCCACCUGCAGCUCAACAGUCAGCUGUUCAUAGGAGGCACAGCAUCCAGGCAGAAGGGCUUCCGAGGCUGCAUUCGCUCUCUGCAGCUGAACGGUGUGACGCUGGACCUGGAGGAGAGGGCGAAGAUCACACCUGGGGUUCGACCUGGCUGCCCUGGUCACUGCAGCAGCUACGGCUCGCUCUGCCUGAACCAGGGCCACUGUGUGGAGCGAGCCAGCGGCUUUCACUGUGACUGUGGCCUGUCGGCUUACGCUGGAGUCUUCUGCCAUACAGAGGUGUCGGCCAGCUUCAAGUCGGACACGUCUGUCAGCUACACCUUCAAGGAGCCCUAUGAGUUCAUCAGGAACAGCAGCGCUCUGCCGUCUUCCAUCUACUCUGACACGACCCUGAGGGGAGAGAACGUCUCCCUGAGCUUCAGGACGAACCAGAGUCCGGCUCUGCUGCUCUACGUCAGCUCCCACUACAGAGAGUACCUGGCCCUGCUCAUCAAUGAGUACGAUAAGCUGGAGGUGAGAUACAAGCUGGACAACAACAGAGAAGCUGAAGUGCUGACGAGCAGCACAAGGAGCCUGGCCAAUGGACAGCUACACACAGUUGCCAUCCAGAGAGUGACGAACUCUGUCUCUGUGCAGAUCGACCAAAAUGCCAAAGAGGACUUCAACCUGACAUCUGAUGGAGAAUUCAACACUGUCAAGUCUCUGGUGUUGGGCAGAGUGCACGAUUCUGAUGACUUGGAUCCAGAUCUGGCCAAGUUGGCAUCUCUCGGUUUUAUUGGCUGCCUGUCUGCUGUCCACUUUAACUCCAUCAACCCCUUGAAAGCUGCUCUGCUUCACCCGGACACCAGCCCCAUCAUCAUCGCGGGACCUUUAGUCCAGUCCAGCUGUGGCUCCUCAGCUUCGGCCAAUCCCUACACAGCUGAAAACACACAUCACCUGUCAGACCAGUCUGGCUCACUGGGUUCCGGUCAACCUUUAGUCAAUGCCAUCAAGACUGACUCUGCUCUCAUUGGAGGUGUCAUAGCGGUGGUGAUCUUUGUGAUUGUUACUGGCCUGGCAAUAACUGCCAGAUUCCUCUACCGGAGAAAAGAAACGUAUGUGAACCGGGAUGUGAAGGGAGUGAAAGAGCGGGACAGCCCAGAUUUCCCUUUUAACAACCAAACCGACUCCCAGAACGUCUCCAGUGAAAACCCCAAGGAGUAUUUCAUUUAACUGAAGGCCUGAUCAGCUGGUGGGUUUUGGAGCUGAGGGUGCAGACAGGGUUUCCUUCCACAGCUCAGGACACUGCACUCAGAGCUACUCAGACACUUCGAUGGAGGCUGUGGCUUUACAGCAUGUGGAAAGCAAAAAGGAACAAUGGCCACAGUUUUGUUUUCUACUGUAUUUAGUGUUUAUACUGAUAUAAACAGGCAACAGUGCUGGACUUGAAUGGCAUUGAUCUCCUUGUUCCAGAAAUUGUAAAUAUUACAAAAUGUAAAUGUUGGAGUAUUGUCUACAACAAUUUAGCUAAAUGUCACUGUCAUACAGAAAAGUUGCAAAUAUUCUUGUUUGUUUUAUGGGUUAAGAUUAUUCAAACAACUAUUUCAUCAUCUAAGGUGCUUGGAAUAUGGCUUUUUCACUUUUCUGUGCGGAGGAAGAAUGUACAGUAUAUUUGCUAAAUUGGAACUGGAAAUAUUUUCCCCUUAAUUAGGCCAUCAGAGGGCAUUUAUGUGAAUGUGGUUUCCUUAUGUGGAAUGCAUUUAUCUUAUGUGCUUAGCCAAUAGCUUCCACCGAGUGCAUCCUGCUAAGUCCCUGUAGUCAACAUACAUCCAACAAAUUCCAGGAUGGUUUUUGAUUAUUUUUUUUUUUUUUUUUUUUAUUCAGCACAUGAAUUAAACAUUUUAUAUCGACAUUGUGCGACCAUAGAAUUUUGAUGUUGCUAAAGUGUUAUCUUCAAAGUCACUAUUGUUGGAGAGAUGUUGAGACUUGUAGAAGAGCUAUUGCUUUUUCACUUAUUUUUUGGCUUUGCCCCUUUUUUUACUUUUCUUUUCCCUGGUCAGUCUUUCCAUUGUAACAUUAAAGUACAAAAGCACAGAACAAAAACACAUUUAUGAGCAUUGAACCGUUUUAGUUUCCUAUAGUUUACAGGCUAAAACUUGUCCAGGUUGUUCACUCAGUCAUAAAAGGUGUCCUCCUCCCUGCUGUAUGCUACCUGCUGGGAGCUUCCUCUCCCUGCUCUCUGAAUGUCUCUGAACAGUAAAGCUUUUAACAGAGACAGCAGCACAGACUCUAACACCGUGUCUGUCUGUCACCUCGUUCACUGCACGUAGAGGCAGGUAAUAUGUUUUUGAAAUGCUAAUCUGCUUCAGCCUGACAGGUGGACUGUGAGAAAGCAGAGAUGAUUAGAGUGACAGAUAAUCCGAGAGACCGUGCAGACAUCCAUUACCUCCAUGUGCAGACAUGGAUGUAAUGCAAACGCAUUCUGAUAUUAAUACUGAAAAUGGAUCUAAUCCCUCUAUGUGUUAAUUCAGCUCAUGUGUACAGAGUGCCUCAGUUGGAGGGAGGCUGAGAAGCAGAAAGUGGAUAGACAGCAGCUGUUUCUCAAACACACACACCGCCGUCUCUGCAAGUCCCCAAAACACUAAUGGGAUUUUAAUGCCAAAAGUUGCUAAAACUUCAAAGUGAAUUAUUCAUCUAUUUGUGUUACUGACCCUAAUGUGGUGUUCCAACAACAGUGAAUAUGAUGUGGUGUCAAAAGCAGCACCGAGGUCUAGGAGUAUGAGAAUGGUCAGAAGGCCUGCACCCACUGAAAGAAGAUCAAUGGUCAUUUUAACAAGUACUGGUAAUAUCAAAAAGUAACAACAAAAAGAAGACAUGACUUCAUGAAAUAUUUGGUUUCAAGGCUCAAACACUACACAGCUAGGAACAUCCUAGCACUUGUCUGCAGAUACAGUAAUUUUAAGAGCUUCUUUAUUUUUUAUAUGCAGCCUACUGAACUGUUCAUUCUCGUCUGGCAUUAUGUUCUCAGGGCUGUACAUCGUAUCAUUCAAUAAAGAGUCAAUGAAGAAGUAAAAGCUUUCCAAUCUAACAAUCUUGCUGAUUGCUUGCUGUUAGCUAGCAAGCUUGUUAGCACUGCUGCUAAUGGGAUUAUGACAUUGUUGACAUGUUCCUUUAUUAGUAUGAACACACACACACACACACACACACACACAGUAUAGUUUGUGUACAUUCAUUCAGCCUGGAAAUCUUCACUAUAGAGCACCAAAUGUGAAUUAUUCUACAGCUGAAAAUAAUCCCCAACAAAUGCGUGGUUCAACAUGUUUAGGUAAGGUUUGUUAAAAACUGUGUUCCCCGGCUGUUUUAGCAAAUCACUGAGCCUAUUUUCAUAAGUAAAACUACAUUUAUGGCCAGUUUUAAAGAUUUACAUAGGAACCAGUGGGUGUAGGCUGAGGACACACAGUAGGGAAGUCAGAUACCACAGAGAUUUUGCAGCUAAAUAAAGGUGAUUAUCCUUAUUUUGAAACAGAAUAAGACCAGCCUUAUCUUUGUAGUGUUUCUUUUGACAAUGUACUGAUUUAAAGUUGGUGUUAAAAGUGUAAAUGUUGUUUUUGGUGAAUAACAGUGGUGUUGAGUCUGAGUGACCUGGCAUACAGACUGUAUCCAUAUUCUGGUUGUUUGGUUACCAACAGAUUCCUGUUUGAUGAA